GAGGCGGGCCUUGGGAACCGUCUCUUGGCAGGGGGGUGGGGGGAAAGAUGGCGGAACUGAUGCUCCUCAGCGAGAUUGCGGACCCCACGCGUUUCUUCACCGACAACCUGCUGAGCCCGGAGGACUGGGGUCUGCGGAACAGCACGUUGUAUGCCGGCCUGGAUGAAGUGGCAGACGAGCCGACGCACCUCUUCCGUUGCCCGGAGCAGGAUGUCCCGUUUGAAAGCAGUUCCCUGGACUUGGGGAUGGAUCCCAGCCCACCUGAGCCCCCAUGGGACCUCCUGCCUAUCAUCCCAGAUCUUCAGGUGAAAUCUGAGCCAUCCUCUCCCUGCUCGUCCUCCUCCCUCAGCUCAGAAUCAUCACUUCUCUCUGCAGAGCCCUCCAGCCAGACCCCCGGGGUAGGAGAGGUGCUGCGUGUGAAGGCAGAGUCCUUGUUACCUCCCCUCUGCCUCCUGGGAGACAGUCCAGUGUCCCCGUUUGAAACCGUCCAGAUCAACGUGGGCCCCACCACUGAGGAAGCUUCAGAUGUCCAGACCAAGGUAGAACCCGCCUCUCCAUCUUCCUCCAUCAAUUCCGAGGCUUCUCUUUCAGCAGAUUCCCCCAGCCAGGCUUUCUUAGGAGAGGAGGUGCUGGAGGUGAAGACAGAGCCGCCGUCCCCUGCAGGGUGCCUCCUUUGGGAUGUCCCAGCCCCCUCACUUGGAGCUGUCCAGAUCAGCAUGGGCCCAUUCCCUGAUGGCUCCUCAGGCAAAGCCCUGCCCGCCCGGAAGCCGCCACUGCAGCCCAAACCUGUGGUGCUAACCACCAUCCCGAUGCCACCCAGAGCCGUGCCUCCUAGCACCGCAGUGCUCCUGCAGCCCCUCGUCCAGCCACCCCCAGUGUCCCCAGUUGUCCUCAUCCAGGGUGCUAUUCAAGUUCAGCCUGAAGGGGCAGCCCCCCCUAUUCCACGGCCCGAGAGGAAGAGCAUUGUUCCAGCCCCUCUGCCUGGGAACGCCUGCCCACCUGAAGUUGAUGCGAAGCUGCUGAAGCGGCAGCAGCGAAUGAUCAAGAACCGGGAGUCGGCCUGCCAGUCCCGGAGGAAGAAGAAGGAGUAUCUGCAGGGGCUGGGGGCGCGGGCGGCGCUGGCUGACAACCAGCAGCUCCGCCGGGAAAAUGCUGCCCUCCGGCGGCGGCUGGAGGCCCUGCUGGCCGAGAACAGCGAGCUCAAGUUAGGGUCUGGAAACCGGAAGGUGGUCUGCAUCAUGGUCUUCCUCCUCUUCAUUGCCUUCAACUUUGGACCCGUCAGCAUCAGCGAGCCUCCUCUGGCUCCCAUCUCUCCGACGAGCGCACAGGAGCCUCGGCCCCGGAGACACUUGCUAGAGUUCUCUGAGCAAGAGCCAGCUCAGGGAGUUGAACCCCUCCGGAGGUCCUCCCAGAGCCCUCAGGAGCCCCAGCCUAGCCCUGUGAGCCGUCCCAGUUUCAGGAACCUGACGGCCUUCCCUGGGGGCGCCAAGGAGCUACUGCUGAGAGACCUGGACCAGCUCUUCCUCUCCUCCGACUGCCGGCACUUCAACCGGACCGAGUCGCUGAGGCUUGCCGACGAGCUGAGUGGCUGGGUCCAGCGCCACCAGAGGGGCCGGCGGAAGAUCCCUCAGAGGGCCGCAGAAAGACAGAAGUCUCAGCUACGGAAGAAGUCACCUCCAGUAAAGGCAGCUCCCGUCCAGCCCCUGGGACCCCCUGAAAGGAACUCUGUGGGCCAGCUGCAGCUCUAUCGCCACCCAGACCGCUCGCAGCCAGAGUUCCUGGAUGCAAUCGACCGACGGGAGGACACCUUUUAUGUUGUCUCCUUCCGAAGGGACCACCUGCUUCUCCCAGCCAUCAGCCACAAUAAGACCUCCCGGCCCAAGAUGUCCCUGGUCAUGCCUGCCAUGGCUCCCAAUGAGACCUUGUCGGGCCGGGGGGCCCCGGGGGACUAUGAGGAGAUGAUGCAGAUCGAGUGUGAGGUCAUGGGCACCAGGGUGAUUCACAUCAAGACCUCCACGGUGCCCCCUUCGCUUCGAAAACAGCCGUCCCCAACCCCAGGCAAUGCCACAGGGGGCCCCUUCCCAGCUCCCGCACCCAGCCAGGCCCACCAGGCCUCCCACCACCCGCUCUACCUCAAUCACCCUUGACCUCUGCAGCUUACACUGACGUAGACCGGGGGGCGGGGUCCAGGGUGACCGAGACGGGGUUUCCAAUGUCCCUGAUCCCUAGGCUUGGGCAGCUGGUCACUGACAGGGUGUGGGCAUCAACACUCAUUUGGAGGUCAGGAUUCGCUCCAGUCUCCCCCCUUUCCAGAGUAUAGGGCUCUUCUCAUGCCUGGGAACCCCCAGUUGCUGCUGCUUUCUCUGAGGGUAUGGAGUAAGGUCCAGUUUUGGGGUGGUUGGGCUCUCUUUAUUAAACCUUUCAUUCCUCUGCUUGGGGGUGGAGAUGGGAUUGAGUCCCCAGGUGGGACAAGGACAGUUUUGACCUUUCGGAAGUAGUCGUUUCGAGUAAAGGCUCGGUGUUGGCGGGAGAUCGGUUUAUGUGUGUGCACAUCUUUUACCAUUCAAUAAACGACCUGGCCCAGCCGAAGGAA